AUUAGGUUCAGUGACCACUUUCUCUUUCUCUGCAUCCGUCUGGGAGUUUCAGAGGGUCAUCUGGACCCCCAACAUUUUCCAGGACCCUGAACCCUCUCAUGCACACUAAUCCCACACAUUUCCUAAGAAACAACGGCCCAACUGGAGUUUCUCAGUGGGUUGAGUUGCAGUCUGACUUUGAAUUUCAUCAAAUCUUACGGAAGGCCAUUGAGCUUCAAUGAUUCAGCUGUGACCCCUUCAGGCUUCUUCAGGCUUUCCUCUCUAUUGUGAAUCCACAUUCACCUUCUUGAGCUCACUUGUUUUGUCAUCAUGGAUAUCGGCGGCCUGACCACUGUGGUGGCCAACUCGGCAUACAUCUCGGCCCGUGGCAGUUUCGAUGGCACAGCGAACCUGGCAGCCAGUCGAGACAAGAAGUACCAUGCCAAACUCAAGCUCCCUCACAUCACAGUGUGUGAAGGCUUGAGAGAAACCCUGGAUCUUCAGUAUAAGAGCAUCUGUGUUGAGCAGCCCAUCGGCAAACGGCUGUUUCAAGAGUACCUGGAGACCACGAACGAGUACAAGGGCCCCUGUCGCCUCUGGAAGGACAUUGAAGAGUAUGACACCGCCGAAGAUAAAGAUCGCGCUCAUAAAGCUGCUAAAAUUCUCCAGCGCUACAUGGAACCUUCUGUGACGCUUUUCUGCCCAUUUUUACCUGAGAACGACAUCACAAAAGUGAAGGAACGGCACCAGGAGGCGGCAGACGACCUGUUUGUUGCGAUCCAGGCUAGUGUGUUUGACUUCCUCAAAGAGGUCCCCUUCACCUUCUAUCUAGAGAGCAUGUAUUUCAAACGCUUUCUGCAGUGGAAGUGGCUGGAGAUGCAGCCGGUAGUGGAGGACUGGUUCUUGGACUUCCGUGUUCUAGGUAAAGGUGGUUUUGGUGAGGUGUCCGCCUGUCAGAUGAGGGCCACGGGAAAACUGUAUGCCUGCAAGAAGCUCAACAAGAAGAGACUGAAGAAGAGGAAAGGAUAUGAGGGUGCUAUGGUAGAGAAACGGAUUCUGGCUCGAGUUCACAGUAGAUUUAUCGUGUCAUUGGCUUACGCCUUCCAGACUAAGACUGAACUCUGCCUGGUGAUGACCAUCAUGAAUGGAGGAGACUUGAGGUAUCACAUCUAUAAUGUGGAUGAGAAUAACCCUGGCUUCUCUGAGUCACGGGCGUGUUAUUAUGCUGCUCAGAUCAUUCAAGGCAUGGAGCAUCUACACCAGAAGAGAAUCAUUUACAGAGACCUCAAACCAGAGAAUGUUCUUCUAGAUAAUGAAGGUAACGUGCGAAUCUCUGAUCUUGGUUUGGCUGUUGAACUGCCUGAUGAUCAGGAUAAAACCAAAGGAUAUGCUGGAACUCCAGGGUUUAUGGCCCCAGAGCUGCUGAAAGGUGAUGAAUAUGAUUAUUCUGUAGAUUAUUUCACUCUGGGAGUGACACUGUACGAGUUCAUUGCGGCUAAAGGACCCUUCAGAACACGAGGAGAGAAGUUGGAGAAUAAAGAGGUGAAGAAACGAAUCCUAAAUGACCCUGUGACCUACCCAGAGAAGUUCAGUGAGAACGCCAGGUCCAUCUGUGAGGGUUUGCUGGCAAAAGAGGUGGAGCAGAGACUAGGCUUCAAGAAUGGCUCCUGUGAAGAGCUGCGAGCACAUCCGUUCUUCAGCGAUAUUAACUGGAGGAAACUCAACACAGGAAUUCUGCCGCCUCCUUUUAUACCAGAUUCUAAGACAGUUUAUGCCAAAGAUCUGGAUGAUGUGGGGGCUUUUUCCACGGUGAAGGGGGUCGGUCUGGAAGAUGAUGAUAGGAAGUUCUUUGAUGAGUUUGCAUCAGGAAACAUCUCCAUACCCUGGCAGGAGGAGAUGAUUGAGACGGGCAUCUAUGGCGAGCUGAACAUGUGGGGUCCGGGGGGCACCAUACCCAAUGACCUGCGCCGUGAGUCCAUUCUAGAGCAGCCCCCCAAAUCCUCAACAUGCACUGUUUCAUAAUCAUCAACACAUCAAAACAGAACUUUAUUUCCUUCAUUCAUCUCUCAUGAUCAGUUAGAAACAUAGAUUAAUUAUUAGGUUGAUUCACAUUAUCAGGCUUCAGCUAUUUUACAUGGCUAAUUGUAAAAUAAUUAUGAUAAAGAAAGCAGGGGGUAAAGAGAGUCUCAGUAUUUGUGUUAGUGUUUAUUGAUCUUUUUUUCUCAAGAACUGUAAACUGAGUUCUGAAACACUCAGUGAGUUUACAAUGCACUCUUCUAUAUUCAAAAGUUAUUACAUUUUACAUUACAAUUUAUCCCUUAUGAAAUAGAAUAUCCAGGAAUGUGGAGUGAGCGAUGAGAAAAAUUAUUUGCAGUUUUCCUUUUGAGAUCCUUAAUGUUCCAUUUGUUCAAGACAAUUAUGUAUAUGAUUAAAUAUAAGUCAGUAUUAAACAUUAUUUAUAAGCAGAGCUGACAUUUCUUCCUAAUCUAAAUCUCAGUGUCAAAUGUGUUAUUAAUUGGAAAAAAUAUCUGUAUUUGUCAGUACUUUUGUGUAUAAUCAAUUACACAUGGUUAACUGAGAAUACUUCCAAAUGUCAAGUUCAAAACAAGUUCAGGAUUAAAUGUAAUUUUGAGUAUUGCAGCAGAGAUCGAGCAGAGACUCCUAAUUUUGUGAUUGAAAAUGGAGUAUUGCAGCAGUAAAUAAUAUACAGUCUGCUGUGCAUUGAAUGGAUCAUUAAUUUCUAAUUGUAAUUCAUUACGUAAACAUAUGUUUUAUCCUGAACUCAAUGUUCUGGUCUUUGACCAGUCCUAGUGAAUUAUUUGAAUUGCUUUAAUUAAUGCCUUUAUUUAUCCCACCCAGGUUUUAUGACCCUCACUGGGUAAAAAUGUACGAGUAAUAAAGUCUUGUAGAUAUUUUUGGGUUAUAUACAAUCUGCAGACAGUUAACGAAGUUACCAAAUAGAGAAUUGAGAAGUGUUGUUGACUAGUUCUGUCAUUGCUGCCACACACAAAAAUGCUUCUGUGCAUAAGUUGCUUUCUAAAGUGCCCUAGUUACGAUAUCAUUAUCUACUUUUUGGUAACCCAUUUUAUUUAUUUUUUUCAUGUAAAAAGCUGUGAAUGUCUAUAGAUUGCAUUGAUUAUUCAUAUACAAAACAUCCUUUUGAAUAAUGUGAUAGUCGUUAAUGAAUUCAAAUUAAUGUUUUGCCAUAAAUAUAACUUUAGUGACUUUGAGUUAAUUUUGAUAUUGAGAACUGUUCACAAUAAAGUUACUAAUAAUGAAUAAAAAGUGUCACAAUCUUCACAUAUCAUAUUCCUAAGUACAUAAAGAGUUUAAUAGAUAAUACAGUAACUUAUACAGUAACUACAAUCAUACAGAAAUUAUCUCGUAAUCAAAAUUGAGAUUUUUGACAGCUAUCUUUCAUGUUAAAUAACAUCUGUAAUGUUCUAUAUAAGUUUGUUGUUAAGGACACUGAGAAACUUGUGUUGUUAGGCCAUCAAGAUCUCAAACAAACCUGUUUCCAAAGAUAUGUGUCUAAUUUCUUAAAGAUUCAUUAAGUUUUUCUGAGUGUGCUCUUGAGUAAUUACCGCCUCAAAUGAUUGGUGUGCUGACAAACAUUUAAAUUCCUGU